AAUGGCCCACAAAUCGAUUGUCAUUUUCUCAGUACUUGCAGUACUCUGCCAUUCGGCAUCAGUCAAGGUUCCCCCGAUUGUUGACUCAUCCCUUCCAGUCAAAUUCAGUGAAGUCAUUGCGGAGCCUGCUCCAAAUGUGCCGUCAAACUUGGCAUCUUAUGCUUACGCCUUGGAUAUUUAUGUCCAAACCACGCUCAGCCAACUGCAAUGCAUUAAACAAGCGGGUUAUUGUGCAGUUUUCGUUCGUGCAUACAACCCAGCAGGACAAGGAUCCUUUGACACCAGCUCUUGCGUCACUAUUCAAAAUGCUUAUAAAGCUGGACUCGGAAUUGAGAUUUAUAUGACUCCACAGCCCGUUUCAAACAAGCAAGGCUACCAACAGUUGGAUGAGAUCAUCCAGGGAUUGACUGCAAGAGCGAUCACAGUCAGAGCAAUCUGGAUUCAGGUCACUUCGCCAACUAACUGGCCAAAUAACGCGAAUAGCAAUAUUAACUUCAUCAACAGUAUUGUCUCCAGAGCCAGACAAUCCGGAUUAACUGUCGGAAUCUACACCUCCUACUACGACUGGAAUCAGAUCACGACCGGAUGGAGCAACAUUGGAAAUGAUGUUCUCCUCUGGUAUUGGAAUGUGUACAGCGGUGGAGUCACUGGAGAAACUCCUGCCAACUUCAAUGACUUCCGUAAAUUUGGAUGCUGGACAGCUCCAUCUGUCAAGCAGUUUGCGCAAGAUGAGACAGUCUGUGGUAUCACUGUCAACAGAGAUGUUUAUCUAGCUGGAAAUGUGCUCAAGGCUGUUGAAGAAGACGGGAAGAUUUAUGCUGGAGGAUUUGUGCAAGGAAGUCUGAAAAUUUGAUAACUUCUUAAGAUUCGUCCUCUAAUAAAAAAGGUUUUAAGCAAAUAAA